GCACUGGACAGAAGCAGCAGGAGGUGGGUACAGGCAGUGGAGAUUGAACCUUCCAGAGACUGCAGCGCACAGGACCCCAUUCAAGGCUGUGUUUAGAACAGAUACCUGCCAGCGAAAGACUGACAUGUGGAAAACUCGCUGAUGUCUCGGACAUGAGAAUAACGGGUGUUGAUGUGGGCAGCGCUGCGGAUCACCAUGAAGACACCUUCAUGUUACCCACUCCUGGCUUUCAAUUCGUCGCAGCUUGUGACUUAGUUCAGCGGCCAAAGGGGACUGACCUGCUGGGACGCACACUUCUGAUAUUUCCUUUGCUGACAUGAGAAGCGCGAGGAGACACUGAUGGAGCUGCGGGACCUGGGCUGGCUGUGCACGGUGGCUGUCUUCCUGGCCUCCGUGCUCAUUGUGCUGGCAUGGUUCGUUCAGUAUUCCCUGGCAGUGCUGCGGAUGUGGAGAGCCAAGUGCACAGUCAAGCAGGACACGAAGGGAAGUGCCUGGCAGCAGCUUCUCCCCAAAUGGAUAAAGGAGAAGAACCAGGCGAGUGGAGUGUGGGGCAUUCUGACGCAUCUUCGGUCCGGAUGGGACGGAAGAGCUGCUUCUGAGGCUGGAGUGAAGGGGCUGGUGGCCUCUCUGUUCUCCUUCAAAUCCUUCAGGGAGCACUGGCAGAGGACCUGGGUCAAAGCACUGAAUGAGCAAGCAAGCAGGCAUGGGAGUUCAAUCCAGAUCACAUUUGACAGCAGUUUACAGCUUAAUACUACCUGUGAAAUAGAGAGUGUGGCCUGCACUGACCAAUCAGCACAUCGGAUGGUCCUACAGUGUAAAUGUCAGGUGGGCAACAUGACGUUUCCCGUGUCAGUCACUCAGCAGUCAGCGGCCUCCGUCUCCAUGGAAACAUAUCAAAUCCAUAUUGUACCAGUGUUGGCCAAGAUGGAAGUAUGUCUUGAAGAAGUGGAAAAUGAGGGGCUGCUGAUGUCCUGGACUCUUUCAAGACAGUCUAGUCUUUCUAUAUCCAUAUCAUCUCUCAAGAUCCAAAAACAGGGCCGUGCAGGUGAAGGAGAAUUGGAUGUGAUUAGAGGACUCGUGGAGGACACUCUCUUUGGCGCACAGCCAGCCAUGGUCUUGGAUCUGAAAACUUGUGUGUCAGGUCCCCUGAUAACAAAAGAUUAUUUAUCUGUGGGGUCCCAGAGUGUGAGACGGCUCCAACUCCGGCAGCUCAGAGUGACCUUAUCCAAAGAGCUAUGGUUGAAAUCAGGGGAGAUCUGCUGUGUCCUGAACUUGGACCAACCUUCCACAGAGAAGACCACACGCUUCCUGUCUUUACCCAAUAACCCCAACACCCCAGUGGAGUGGAGUGAAGACAUUUCUUUUGACUUGGGUCUGGAAUCCAAAGAGCUGAGAAUAAGACUUUUGGAGCGAAACGGCAAACGGGAAAAGUUCUUGCCUGGACAUGCGACUCUUACCUUGGAGCUUUGCAAGGUUUCCCAAGAGCAACGUGUGUUAUCAAUCAGCCCAGGCUAUGGACUGGCUCCAAAUGCCACUGUGACUGCAGAGAUUACAUAUGUAGAGACAGGGGAAUCUAGUGGUAGUGUUUUGCCUCUUCGCUCGUCCCUCACACCAACAAAGAAAGUGGAUGUAGAUCGAACAAUAAUGCCUGACGGGACCAUUGUAACCACUGUCACCACUGUCCAGUCUCGUCUCAAACUCGAUCACAGUCCAGGUGACUCUCCCUUACGGUCUCCUUCUAAAGUGGAGGUGACAGAGAAGAAGCCCACCAUUCUGUCAGACGGAAAAAGUAGCUCAAGCCCCAAUCCCAGCAAGGCCAGUCGUCUCUCCAAUGGCCUGGACCCUGUGGCUGAGACGGCCAUCCGUCAGCUGACAGAGUCCAAAGUGGUCCGGAAGACCCCGACUAAAAGAAGCACACUGAUUAUCUCAGGCGUAUCAAAGGUUCCACUCUCCAAAGACGACAGCUCAUUAUCGAGUGGCUACGCAGCAGCGAUGGAUGCAUCUCUGCAUGGGAACCACUACGGGGCAGGGCAUUCUGCUGACCCUGAUGAGACCACACCAUCAGAUGUGUCAGAGCGCCCCUCAGUGGAUGAUGUGGAGUCAGACACUGGCUCCACCGGUGCACUGGAGACUCGCAGCCUCAAGGACCAUAAAGUGGGCUUUCUGCAGAGUGGGACCAAACUGUUGUUCCGCAGAAAACAUCAAGAGAAAGAGUCCUGCUUCAGUCAGUCCCAUGAAGACCUCUCCAACAUGGGAAAUAACUUUGUUGUCUCCACAGCAAGCACCCACAAAAAGUCAGGCAGCUUUUCGCGACGUCUCAUCAAACGCUUCUCUUUUCGCACAUCAAGCAAAUCAAAGAGCAAAGCCUCUUCUGCAAAUGGAGGGGCAAGUUCACUGGAUAACUGACAAGCAAACAGAAGUCAUGAGUAUACUGUUGUAAAUAAACUGUUGUGGCUUCUGGCUGUGAGAAGAACGACCAAAGCUUUAAGAAUGCACUCACAGAAACACACAGACUACUGCAGGGGUGUGCAUUCAUGAGUAGAAGAUCCCUCUGCAAGGAAUUUCCCCUAAAGAAAAGUCACAAAUCAACUUUUUUGGAUCUAUGAUUUAUUAUAAAAUAUUUCUUUCAAAUAUUAAGUAUUUCAAUGGUUGCACUUGUUUUUAUUUUUACUGUGUAUACAUUUAAGUACAUAUUGAAAUGACUAUAAAAAAAUACAUUAUUUUAUCACAAUAUAGUGCGGAUGCUAUAGAGUAUAUUUAUGCUGAAAUAAUUUAUGUUAGGCUUUUAUUGUGUCCGCUCUGUAACUGUACAGUUGUUUUGGGAUGUUGUACAUUAUAUCUGAAAAGAGAUGUUUGUUCCUUUUAUAUAAGUUUGAGUUGCACUUUAUGUGAAAGAUCGCAAACAUUUAGUUAAUACCAUAAGGGUAUUUUGGUUUGCCUCACAUUAUAAAAUAUUUUUGUGAUAUUUCUUCAGAGACAGUGACAAACAGGGCACUACAAUGCACUAUGGUUUGAAUGUGACAUGACCGAGAAUAAAUGUGUGUAUAAUUUGUUUUAUUUAUGACAAUUAAAUUAUUUCUG